AUGUCGUCCUUCGAGCCAGUCGUUGUCAUCGACGGCAAGGGCCACCUGUUGGGUCGUCUGGCUAGCACAGUCGCAAAGCAGCUUCUCAAUGGCCAGAAGAUCGUCGUUGUACGAUGUGAAGCCCUCAACAUCUCCGGCGAAUUCUUCAGAGCAAAACUGAAGUACCAUGCAUACCUCCGAAAGAUCACCAGAUACAACCCAACACGAGGUGGUCCCUUCCAUUUCCGAGCCCCAUCACGAAUCUUUUACAAGGCCGUCCGAGGCAUGAUGCCACACAAGACCGCUCGAGGUGCUGCAGCCAUGGAGAGACUGAAGGUCUUUGAGGGUGUCCCACCUCCAUACGACAAGAAGCAACGAAUGGUCGUCCCACAAGCCUUGAGAGUACUCCGAUUGAAGCCAGGUCGAAAAUUCUGCACAGUUGGCCGCUUGUCGCACGAGGUCGGAUGGAAAUACCAAGACGUUGUUGCAAGACUCGAGGAGAGAAGAAAAGCCAAGGGCGCCGCAUACUACGAACGAAAGAAGACUCAACGACGACAACUCGCCGAGGCCAAGAAGACUUCCAGCGACGACAAGACUGCAAAGGCUCUCGCCGAACUUGGUUACUAA